CACCCGCAGCCGCUGUGCACAGUGUCCGAUUUCUGACGGGAGUGUAAAUAAUCAAGAGUCGUUGCAAUAUUAAAAAACCAAUUUUAAUUCAACUCGUGUAGAUGCAUUACACAAACAUUAAUACUUCAGUUAAAACUAUGUGACGAUAAAAAACAUUUGUUUAGCACCUAUGACGUUGUAGAAAAACAAAACCUAACCCAAAAGUUAGCAAAUUUUCGGGCGGUAUACUAAAUAAUUAAAAUGAAACAUCAGUUUACUGAUAUAAAGCCAACUUCUAAUACCAAAGCAGAAGCUGAUGAAUGCCUGUUUGAAUACCUUCAUGGAGAAAUAGUCAAUUACGUAGUGAGCAAAUCAUCCGAUGAUAAUAAUAAAGAGGAAGAUCUUUCACGUUUGGAAUGGAUGGGCUUCAGUGUUGGCUACCGCAUAAUCGAAAGGUUAACCAGAGAAUGGCCAAGAUUCAAGGAUGAGUUGGAUAUAAUUAAAUUCAUUUGCACAGACUUUUGGACAAGCCUCUAUCACAAACAAAUAGAUAAUUUGCGAACAAAUCAUCACGGAGUUUACGUGCUGCAUGAUCAUGAAUUUCGGUUACUAGCCAAGAUAGGCAAAAGUGGAAGCAAACAGUAUCUUAAGGAAAGUCCACGCUUGCUGGCAUUUACUUGUGGACUUCUCAGAGGAAGCUUGGCAAAUCUUGGUAUCGCCUGCAUUGUCAAGGCAGAGGUAUCUGCCUUACCUAGCUGUAAGUUUAAUGUUGAAGUUCAAAGAAUCUAAUUUUACUUUUUAAGUUUAUUGCAUUUUGGCUAAUGAGUCUGUUUUACUCUGCAACCUGUGAUGUACUUCACUGUUGAUAAGCGAUUAACAACACGGAUACAAUAUUCUAAUGUUUGUUUUAUUUAUUGCAAAAAUAUCAUAAAAUAUAUCAGUCAAUAAAAAGUUUAACCUGAAAAACUGUAAAAGUCUUUUUCGUUUAACAAUUUGAAACAU